AUGUACAAUACAAGUGGAAGUGAUAUGGACAUGGAAGAAUUGGAAUAUAAUUGCGGUUCACGUAAAAUUGCCAAGACAUAUGUCGAAAAGAAACGACGUGAUCGUAUAAAUCGAAGUUUGGAUGAAUUAAAAGAUUUAUUAUCUGUACAUUGUGAUAAAGCACGUUAUCAGAAAUUAGAAAAAGCUGAAAUCCUCGAAAUGUGCGUGGAAUUCGUUAAACAAACAAACGAACGUAUGAAUAGAACUCAACAAAAUUAUGAACAAGGUUAUCAACAAUGUACAAAUGAUGUUGCCACAUUUUUGAAUUCCACACCGGAGAUAUCAUAUCUCGAACGACAAAAUCUUCUUCGCCAUCUUUCGUCAGCAAACAGUCGACGUUAUCAACCAUAUCGAUCAUCGACAACAGCUAGCCGUCAUUCGAUUGUCAACGAAUGGUUUACUCGCUGCGGUGGAAAACAAAAAUCUUUGCCCGAUUCAGCAUCUGAACGUUCGAAUGCAUCCAGUCCGUCAUCAAUCGACGAACAUAGUGAACGUUCAUCGUCUCUUUGGAGACCAUGGUGA